AUGAAGAUUUCAAAUACUUUGACCCAGGCCUUGUGGCUUUUGUUGCCACUCGUUGCGGCCGUUCAGGCGAAGGAAUACUCUCGAAGCGAGGCGUGCCAGCCACACCAUCCAUUCAAGCCCCUUCCGGGCAGCCAAGCCAGAACUCGCACCUGUCAUGUAGCCAACAAUGGCCAUGGACGCGACGAUUCAGCCAAUGUCCUUACCGCAUUGAAGAAAUGCAACAACGGAGGAAAAAUCGUCUUUGAUGCCGACAAGACAUAUACGAUUGGAAAGGCACUUGACAUGACUUUCUUGAAGCAUGUGGAUCUCGAAAUCCAAGGCCACGUCCAAUUUAGCGAUGACACAGACUAUUGGCAAGCAAAUUCGUUCAGGCACGUCUACCAAAACGCCACAACGUUCUUCCAGAUCGGUGGUGAGGAUGUCAAUAUUUACGGCGAGGGCACCCUGGAUGGUAACGGCCAGGUCUGGUAUGAUUUAUAUGCAGAGGAUCCCCUUAUCCUGCGGCCAAUUCUGGUUGGUAUAAUUGGGCUAAAUGGAGGUACCAUUGGACCUCUCAACCUUCGUUAUUCGCCUCAGUGGUAUCAAUUCGUGGCAAACUCAUCCAACGUCCUUUUUGACGGAAUUGAUAUCAGUGGGUUCAGCAGCAGUGCGAAUGUGGCUAAGAACACAGAUGGAUGGGACCUUUAUCGUUCGACGAAUGUUGUUAUCCAAAACUCUGUGAUCAACAAUGGAGAUGGUACGGUUCCCUUAAAAAAUUUGGACCGAUCUUCUUUUAUUAACCAUCUCAAAGAUUGCGUCUCGUUCAAGCCCAAUGUUACCGACAUUUUGGUCCAGAACCUCCAUUGCAACGGCUCCCACGGUAUCUCUGUUGGCUCUCUGGGCCAAUACCCGGGCGAGGUUGACAUCGUGCAGAAUGUGCUCGUGUACAACAUCUCCAUGUUCAACGCAUCGGAUGGUGCGCGUAUCAAAGUCUGGCCUGGGGCUUCCGCUGCGAUGUCUACCGAUCUCCAGGGCGGCGGUGGAUCGGGUCUGGUGAAGAAUAUUACCUACGAUGGCAUGACCAUUGAUAAUGUCGAUUAUGCCAUCGAAGUUACCCAGUGCUAUGGCCAGAAGAAUUUGACUCUCUGCAAUGAGUUCCCCAGCGAACUCGCCAUCGAAGAUGUUGUCUUCAAGAAUUUCAACGGUGUCACCUCUGGUAAACGUGACCCUGACGUGGGAAUGAUUGUUUGCUCAAGUCCCGAUGUCUGCUCAAAUAUCAACGCCAGUAACAUCGAUGUUGUUAGCCCCAAUGGGGAUGAUCAGUUCACUUGCACAAAUGUGGGUUUAUCUUGA